GCCGCGGCCCAGUUUCAGCUCCGGAUGCGGGCAGUAGUCAACUAAGCUCUACCUCUGGGUCUUCUUCUACCUUCAGCUAUGGCAUCUUUGCCCCAUAAUGCUUCGUCCUCGCUCAUUAACAGGAGUAACAAGCGUCGGCCGACCGCCCUGUCAUGUGCAGAAUGCAGGAGGCGCGAUAAUCUUCACACCGUUCACAACGGAUCUUGACUUAUUUAUCCAUACUGCCAGGCUCAAGCUCAAGUGUAGCCGCGUCUUCCCUUGCAGGUGUCAACUGUAUAAAGAAGGGAUGCACGGCCAUAUGUCCCGAAGGCGCGUCCGUUUCUUUGGGAUCAUAUCCAUCAACUUGACGCGACACUGUGUAGGAUCAUUGACGACCGGCAAAGGUGCGAUCUUCUUUGAAACUACCGGGUACCUCUCAAAGGAAACUUCGAUUUUAGGAAACAGAUUCGUUCUAGCAAACACAGAAGAGCUCCAUGAGAAGAUCAACGAGCUUUCUUACCGAGUGCGUCAACUCGAGGACGGUCUCAAACAGUCUCAUCUGCAGCACACUUCCGACACACAUCCUCUUCUUUUACCGGAUCUAUUGAACAUCAAACGGCCCUUAGAACGGGAACGCCCAGAUACUGUGUCCAAGGAAGAGAUUCUCGAUUCCACAAAUGAUGGCGUGGAUGCUAUGGGCUCUCUUUCCAUUUCCGACGGCGGAAGGGCAACAUUCUUUGGGCAAGCUGCUAAUUCAUGGUAUCUGCUCAAAGUAAGAUUUGAGCUGUUUCUAUCUGUUUCUUCAUUCAUUAGGCAGAAUGAAACGUCUUCGGUCGAUGAAGAGGAGCCACUGGCUGGAAGUCCAAUCUCCCCACACGAUCUAUCCUGGAUGGCGCACUCUUUUCCCUUCUCUGUCUCGGGGCCGAAGAUGGACAACGCAUUGAGAGAGAAUCUCUUGAAUCUCUUACCUCGAGCAGAUGUUGCGCAGCGUUUCUGUAGCUCCUAUUAUCGACACGCGGCCUGGAUAUACUGUCCUAUCACAGAGACCGACUUCUACCAGACUGUCUUCACUCCGAUAUAUGAAUCGGAUGGGUUUAGUUACGACACGUUCAACUGGCACAAGUUGGGCGUGCUCUUUAUGGUGCUUGCGCUAGGCACAUUGGUGGACUUGGAAAUGCCUGCGCAUUCACAUGAAGCGACGGAAUUCUAUCAAUUGGCUCGAGCAGCAUUGGCGCUUGAUUCUGUGUUGGAUCAGCCUUCGUUCGCUGCGAUCCAGGCACUGCUCCUCAUGUGUCACUUCAUGUUCUGGGCCGAUAUCGAACAACCACGAUGGGUGAUAAUGGGUCUGGUGGUCAAGUUGGCACACAGUGUCCGUGUUCUGGCUUGUGACCAUUGCUACGAUGUACUGACCCAGCUCGCUAGAUUGGACUCCAUCUGGAAGAAACGCACAGAAGACGGUGUCUGCUCUACGAGAUCUACACCUACGACUCUUGGCAGGCAGGUUUUCCUCCCAGUGCUGAUUCUGCGAUGUCUUGAAAUUCAGCAGAGCCUUACAUUCGGAAGACCGCCCUCGUUUUCGCUAGCUCACAUUGACGCGAAACUGCCGCAUGGAACGACUACCGAUCCUUCCGGAGAAACAGAGAUGUCCUUUGAGGCGUGGAAACAUCGAUGGUCAACCGAGUGCCUGUCUGUUCUACAUGAUCAAGUCUUUGGCGCGCGCCCUCCAGCAUACAGCACAAUCAAAGAGUUGGACAAGAAGUUGCGGGCGUAUUACAUUCCACCGAGUCUCCAAGUACCUGGGUUUGGCGGAUCGAAGCGCACUGCACAGCUCGAACAGCCCACAGUACAGCUGACGAUGCAGCGAUACUGUGCAUUCGCUAUCAAGGAGAUUGCCACAUUCUACAUGCAUCGAGGGUUCUUUGCUCAAGCGUUCGAAGGCAAUCCAUCGGAUCCCAUGGGAAGUAAAUACGCGCCCUCAGUCCUGGCAGCCUACAGCAGUGCUUGCACUUUUGUGGGUCUCAUUGAGAGCUUGUUCAAACAGCAACCCAUUCUGGCGGAGCGCAUGUGGUUUUACUUCAUGCACGUCUUCUCUUGUGCAAUUGUUCUCGGCUCAAUAGCCGUAAAACCACGGAUGGCUGUGGCUCCUUCAGCUCUCUCCCAUCUCGAAACCGCGUGUUCGCUGUUUGAAAAUGUUUCAGAUCAGACGCGCACCACCAAGAUCCUGCCCAUCUUGCACAAGCUCAAAGCUCGCGCCCGGGAAGCUUUGGCGAAUCCCACAUCCGAAUCACCCAGGAUCAAGACAGAAGCUGCCGAACUCAGCGUCCUCGGCGGCGGGACCCGACUGGUGACGCGGCGUACAAACUCGACGCCAUCAACCCCUUCUCGGUCCGAUCCAGCUUCGUCACCAUCUCCGCAGCCCACUCUUGAAAGUCCAUGGCAGGGCUUCCAGGGCUUUCCUCCGGUGUCCCAAGAAUAUAGCCAUCCACAGUACAUGCUGUCAUCCAGCGGCUACGAGUCAUCUAUUCCGAUGCAAAGUGGAACCGAAUACUACUCGUACUCUCAAACGGCAUACUCUCCAGGUUCAGAAGAUGCCCUCAUGCAGUCCGAUCUAUCAUAUUCAUGGCAGAAUUUUAUGUCUCAAUACCAAGGCUAAAUGCGUAUGCGGAGGACUGUAACUGUACACUGUAUCGUUAGACUGUUUAUUACUCGACGGAAAUGGAUUAUUGAAUGUGACAUCACGUCUCCCGUCUGCGUCCCCCUGCUAUCAUGUAUUCUCACCCUACGAACGCGACACUGGCCAAGGAAAGGCUUUAUGCGCAACUGGCAGGCUCGUUGGCCCGGAUGUCACGCGCCAUCGGUACGACUGCCGACCUGUGCGAGCAACUGCAAGUCGAUUUACAGGCCAUGCGGACAUUCGCUGGAUUAGAUGCCUCAAAAUUGAUGUCCGUGGCGGCACAACAGAACAACGAUGGCGUUGACAACGAGGAUGCGGACGACGAAAGAUCGGCCACUCGACCAUAAUGCGGGUGUCUGGAUUCAUGCAUCUCUAGAUUUGCCCACAUUGUAUCCGUGUGCUCGGUCUGCCUCAUGUAUCAUGCAUUGUAAGGUUCUAAAAGUUAAAUCCCUACGAGCGCCUUCA